GACCCUAACUGCUCUUAAAGCCCGUUUGUGAGGCUCAAGGGCAGACUGGAGCCAGAGCCGGAGAGGACCUGAGGAGAGAGGAAGACCACGGCCUGACCUUGCCUUGGGGAAACUCUCACCGCUCUCAAUCACUGCUCUGACCAACAGACAGAGCAGCCCAUGCCAAACUAGCCUGUGUCAAGAGAAGAAACAUGAGGUGGUCUCUGUUCCACAGCACCAUGGUACUAUUGUACCUGACCCUCUCGAUUUCCUGCUACCCCUACCUGGAAUCUGCCAUUUAUACCCCUCCAUCAAGCUUUGCCACAGGCAUUAAAGAGAAAGCGGCCCCGAAGACACUCCUGAGACAGAUACUGGCUCUCAAGACCAGCGACUAUGCCUUGAAAACUGACCGGAACCGUGGCCAAGUCCAAGAAAUCCUGAGAAGUUGGAGAAACUGCUGGUUGUUCUCCUUCCUGACUGACCUCUGGAUCAACGUCAUGGAAUUCUUCCCACGGGCAGCUAUUUAUGCUUUUGUGAUUUCCUCUGCAAUUAUAUCCUUUCUCUUCUGUGUCACGAUUCUUGUGGGUAACAGAAACCACUGAGAACAUCCCAGAAGAUUUCUCAAAGUUCACUAUGGAGUCUAAGUUUGGCUUCUUGGAUCCCCAAAGAAAGAAAACCUUUUCAAUUCUCUGCAUUAAAUUCAAUGUUUAGGCUUCCAUUUCUUCCAAGUAGAAUUUUGAGUGUGUUAGCCAAUGGCUGGAAGAUUGUACGGAUCAGCUGUGAUCCCAGGGAACCAAUCCCAGACAGUUUCUCUCUGCGGCUCAUGCCCCCCCCCCCCCAGCGUUUUCCAGGAAAAUCUCUACAAUGAAGUGUGGCUGCGGCUGAUGGUCUGGGUUUCCUCAACGCCUGCAUGGACAACAUGGGGACUAAGUAUGGGACAGCCUAGAUUUCCUCAACCACAGUUGCUUCCUUUCCCUCAAAUGCUGUGACCGAGGACAUAUACACCAAUGGGUCUGCUGCACCAGCUAGUCCUGGACCAGGCCAAGGCAGCCAGCGUGAGCCACGGAAAGUCCGCUUCAUUCAGUUUGAGAAAGUCACUGAGGAACCCAUGGGAAUUACUCUGAAGCUGAAUGAGAAACAGUCCUGCAUGGUGGCCAGAAUUCUCCAUGGAGGCAUGAUUCACAGACAAGGCUCCCUUCACGUGGGAGAUGAAAUCUUGGAAAUCAAUGGCAUGAGUGUGACGAACCACUCUGUGGAUCAGCUGCAGAAGGUGAUGAAAGAAACCAAAGGAAUGAUCUCAUUAAAAGUGAUUCCCAACCAGCAAAGCCGUCUCCCUGCUCUCCAGAUGUUCAUGAGAGCCCAGUUUGACUACGAUCCCCAGAAGGAUCCCCUGAUUCCCUGCAAGGAGGCAGGCCUGAAGUUUGCCACAGGGGACAUCAUUCAGAUCAUCAACAAGGAUGACAGCAACUGGUGGCAGGGCAGGGUGGAAGGCUCUGCCAGGGAGGCUGCGGGCUUGAUCCCCUCUCCGGAGCUGCAAGAGUGGAGAGUGGCAAGCAUGGCCCAGUCAACUACUCGGGCUGAGUCCCCAAGCUGCAGCCCCUUUGGGGGGAAGAAGAAGAAGUACAAAGACAAGUACCUGGCAAAGCACAGCUCAAUUUUCGAUCAGUUGGACGUGGUUUCCUAUGAGGAAGUUGUGCAGCUCCCUGCAUUCAAGAGGAAGACCCUGGUGCUGAUAGGAGCCAAUGGAGUCGGCCGCAGCCACAUCAAGAAUGCGCUGGUCAACAAGAACCCAGAGAAGUUUGUGUACCCAGCUCCAUAUACCACCCGACCUCCAAAGAAGAGUGAAGAAAAUGGGAAGGAUUAUCACUUCAUCUCCACCGAGGAGAUGACCAAGAAUAUCUCAGCCAAUGAGUUCUUGGAAUUUGGCAGCUACCAGGGCAACAUGUUUGGCACCAAAUUUGAGACAUUGCACCAGAUCCAUCAGCAGGACAAAGUCGCCAUCCUGGACAUUGAGCCCCAGACCCUGAAGAUUAUUCGGACGGCAGAACUGUCCCCCUUCAUCGUGUUCAUUGCUCCGACAGACAAGGCCCAUCAGUCAGAAGCUUUGCAGCAACUGCAAAAGGAUUCUGAGACUAUCCACAACAGAUAUGCACAUUAUUUUGAUCUUACGCUGGUAAAUAAUGGUAUUGAUGAGAGCCUCAAGAUAUUGCAAGAGGCCUUUGAGCAGGCAUGCAGUUCCCCUCAGUGGGUUCCUGUCUCCUGGGUUUACUGAGCACAUUAGCUUGCUGCUCCUGAUCUUGCCCCAGCACCCAAUGGCAACACGGCUUCCAUUGGUCCUCCCCUCUUCAUAGUUGCUCCUCGACUUACCCACCCACCAAAAAUGGAUCAAUCUUUGGGACUUGGCCAAGUUGCGGUCAGACCUUUCCUGCAAGACUCCUUCCAAGAAUCACUCUGGAAUCGCCAGAGCGGGGAUCUAAAUUACUCAGGAGAAAUCAGCUGGAAAAUCACCGGGAGCUGUGUGGAAAAGGCCUGAAAACGAGUCCCAGGUCGUCUUAGGCUCUUUCUCCUGACCCUGCACGCACCAGCCUGUCCCUCCCACUGCUACAGCUGAUUCAGCUCCCUUUCUGCUUCUCUCUUGUCUCCCCAGGAAGCACAAGCUUCAUCUGGUUUGCUUUGGGGAAGGUCUAGUAGAAUGAUGCAAAUGUUUAUUGUUGUGCAAUUUCUUUAAAUGCCAAAAACAGAGAAAACUACUGAUGUGCAGGGAAGCCUUAAGUAGCAAUAAAAAUGUCGCUGUGCAAAUGCCA